GUGGGACUGGGCGGCGGUGCGGCUGUGCCAGCACCGUGCCACGCUCACAGCGCUCCUACGUGACCUUUGAGCAUCGCUGGCGACACACCGCCAGCGCUGCGACACGUGGGAGAACAGCAGCGAUGCGCUGCCACUACGCCGUCCUCGGAGUGGCAAGAGGCGCCACGGAAGACGACAUCCGCAAGGCCUACCGCCGGCUCGUGAUUGCGCUCCACCCGGACAAGGCGCAGCAGCGCGGCGAGGACCCACAAAAGGCGACCGAGGCCUUCCGCGAGGUGCAGGCCGCCUACGAGUGCUUGUAUGACGAGCAGGAGCGGGCCUACUAUGAUGCUCAUAGGGACGCGAUCUUGAGGGGAGAGGACCCGGACGACUACGAGGUCGAGGAGCCGCCGCAGCAGAAGAAGAGGAGAGGACGAGCGAAACGCGACCCCGAGGACGUCUGGGACGCCUUCGAGGCCGAGCUCUGGCCCUUCUUUUCGCGCGAAGCGUUUGCGGAGUUCGACGAUAGCGAAAGCGAACAGGUCCUCAUCACGGAGGACUCGCUGACAAAAACGAUAGCGCGUAUACUGCUGGUGGGCGUCCAGGCGGCCCAACGCCUCGCGCCGUUCCUAAACUUCCUCUGGACGCCCCUCGAGCGCUUCUGCGUGAGAGCUGCGACGACGACGACGACGACGCCGCCGGGCUUCUUCCCCUGCUUCCGCGACGCCUUCGAGUGCGUCAACGCGGCCGAGCGCCUCGCGGCCCAGGCGAACGGUGCUGUUUUUGAGGCGCUGCCGGCCUUUGGGGGGUCGGGCACGGCGUGGCCUCAAGUCCAUAGGUUCUACGCGUCUGCUCGAAGCUUCCGGAGCUGCCGGGGGUUUAGGGAGGCCGAGCCCGAUUCACUAAGGGAGGCGUUCGACGCGGCCUUCGACCGGAAAGAAAGAAGACGCGUCGAGAAGCAGCUGGCCGCGUGUAGAACGGAGGCGCGGCGCGCGUACGAAGGACAAGUGAGGAAGCUCGCGGACUUCUGCCGGCGGCGCGACCCGCGCGUCGCGUUGAGGCGGCGCCAGGUCGCCGAGGCCGAAGCGCGGGAGGCCGAGGAGGCAGAGCGGCGCGCCGAGGAGGCGCGGCGCCUCUUUCAGGAGAAGCGCGCGGCGUGGUUGCGAGAAAGGGCGGCGGAAGUGAAGGACGAGCCGGAAGGGGCGCGCUUCGACCCCGACGACGAGGUCGUCGUGGAGUCCGAGGAGGAGGAUGCCGUUGCGGACGAGGAGGUCCGCUGCGAGGUCUGCGACAAGGCGUUCGGCUCCGCGGCGGCGCUCGCGCGGCACUGCCAGUCGAAGCCGCACCGCGCGGCGCUGAAGAAGCGGCGCAAGGCUCCCGUCGUGGCCGCGCCGGUGGCGCCCGACGACGCCUCGUCGUCGUCGGACUCGUCGGAGGACUCGCCGGGCGGGCUUGCGAACCGGUUCGCGGCGAUGGCGACGGAAUAGUUGUUUGUUAAAUGUGAUUGUGUCU